UUUUCAUCUUUGAGGCUGAAUCACCAGCGGAUUUCGAUCUCCUCCGUCUGGUGGCAUCUACUGGAAUGCUGAUUGGACAGAAAGCUAGUGCUGCUUUGUAUUGGCAUAUAGGCUUUCAUCUGAAAAAUAUUUGCCAACAGAAUAAGUAACAUCACCAUUAGGCGCAGAGAUUGACCCAACGAUGAGUAUACGACAUUAAGUGAUCUACAGAGCAACAAGAUUGAUUGUCAGUUACUCUCUCUCAACUGAAGUUCUCCCUUGAUUCCUUCAUCACGGAAUUUCAGCAUCCUAAGCAAGAAUAUGGAACGCAUCGGUUCUACCUGGGCUUUGAGCGCUUUGGCAGUAUCAGCAUUAUUUCUGGGUAUCACGGCCCGGAAACCAACUAUGAUUCCUGCAAAAGCUGAGUUCCUCAUCCAAGAAGGAGAUGAUCUGAUAAUAUCAUGUCGGGGUGACGGCGAUAUUCAGUUUUCAUUUAUGGAUACUCCGUAUCAUGAUCUACACUGGUAUUACAAUAUCAAGUUUGACGAGAAUGCUGGCCUGCACACUUUCACUCGUCCUAAUGCACUGUCGGAGGAUACUGGAUGGUACGCUUGCGCUUACGAGGGUAUAGAAAUAAAGAACGAUGCACAAACUAUCGAGCAUCCUGACGAAAAUAUCACUUGGAUUUACGUCUACGUGAAUUCAUCUAGCCCAUUCGCGCAAGAUGUACUCUACGACCAUUACUUAAUUCAGUUCAUUGGACAAAAGACCGGAGGAUCAUUGGUCAUACCGUGUCGGCUGAAUUCGCCCAAAAAGCAGUCGGUUUCUUUAAGGCAUUACAACAGAGGGAAUAUGAGGUUGUCAACUCAAAGUUUUCAAUACGAGCCGAAAAUUGGAUUUAUCAAACACAACGUUAAUGAUUCGAUGAGUGGCACGUACCUAUGUCAUACAUCACACAGACAUCACUACUCUGAAGCCAGCUGGUAUUGGCACACAAUGCUCACGUAUGAAGUGUUAAUAGGUGACCUUGUCGAACCAAUGCCGCCACUCAUUGACAAGGAUGAAUUUCGAGCCUUGGAGUGGGGACAAAAUCAUACUUUUAACUGUCAUUCGGCAGAUGAUGUUGACGAAUUAUUGCGAGUAGAGUGGAAAGUUCCAUAUACAGUACCCAGAGAGAGGUUGCGCCAAAUUCACAAUGAUGAAAUGCAAGCAGCGCAAUUGACAUUAUUUAAUGCUCAGGAAAGCGAUCGCGGGGAUUACACGUGUACCAAAAUAAAACGAUAUGUAAAAAGUAGUGUAACGAUACAUGUGGAAUUUCACGAUCCAGAUGUUACGUACAUCAAUGUGACCGCGUCUAGUGGGAACGGAUCUUCCGUGACUGUAGCUGAAAAAACAACGGCAAUUUGGAAUUUGUCGAUCGACACAUAUCCCAAAGCAUAUACCGUUAAAUGGAUCGGCAAAGAUAAACUGCCAAUUGCCAACUCUGGCAAGUAUUUGCACACUCAAUCAGGAACGGACAAUACUUUUAAAAUAUUUCACGCAACAAUCGCUGAUAUCGGCGUGUACGCACUUCGUAUCAGCACUCUAAACGACACCAAGGACCAUAAUCUCGAAUUAACGGUUUUAGCUCAACCAGCAGUUCGUAUUGUCAAUUCUGUUUCCUAUCGCACACCAGGACAACCUGCCACAUUUUCUUGUUCCGCAACAGGCUCACCGUUGCCAAACAUAACGUGGAAAUAUUUGGAAUACCCUGAUUUUCCGUCGAAAACCGUUUCCAAAUACGCAUCAGUUUCGGAAAUUCGAUACGAAACUUCUCGAUUCUUCUCCUUCCACAUCCUCUCGCAUUCAACCAUAAGGAUCAACGCAACAGGAGAUCUGACGUGUAGAAGCUGCAACGUGGUUGGUUGCAGCGAAGCCGUUGAACCAAUUUUCGUUUCUGACGCAAACGGAUAUUUCGGGGUAAUGGAUCCAGGCACAGUUGUGGAAGGUGAUACUAUCAAUUUAACGUGUGGCGCUUCCGCUUACAACUUCACGAAUAAUGUUGCCUGGGAGGUAAACAACUCCACGGAACACGAAAGGCUAUCCAUUACAAAUCGAACGACAAAAUUCACCUUCCAAUCGAUACUUCAAAUUUCUGAUGUGAAAAAAUCGGAUUCUGGAGAAUACGUUUGUAGAGCUGUGAAUAAAGAUAAUCACAACACGACGGCGGUGUCGUACGAGUUGUCGGUAAUGGAUGCGCGUAUUCCGUCAAUCAAUGACGAAUCAACCACGAACAACACUGAAAUUGAAAUUGACUUGAUCAACGACGAACACGCCAAAGUGAGACUUACGUGCUUUGCCGAUGGGAUGCCAAAUCCGGAAGUAACAUGGCUGAAGGAUGGCAAACCACUCAUCAAACACAGCGAACAGUACGCAAUUUCACAAAAUAAUUCUGAGCUGUAUAUCAAAUACUUUCGCGGUUCCGCAGACGGCGGAAAUUACUCAUGCCAAGCUAAAAAUCGUGUCGGCACUAUCGAGAGAUAUAUGAAUAUUAUAAUCACAGUUGAACAGUCAAACUAUGAAAUAAUAUGGAUCAGUUUGGUCUGCGUUCUGAGCGCAAUACUCGUUGCAUUGUUGAUAUAUACGACGCUGAAAGUUAAACGAGCAAAGCAUUUAAAAAAGGAAUUCCGGAGGAUGGCGCUGUCGGAACUUGAUCAACGGCCCUCUGAAGACUCUGUGAACGACGAAGAUGAGCUAAUAUCCAAUAAUCAAGAAUCCCCUCGAGAUCGGCUCAUUGGAAUGUAAAGAUUUAUGUAGAUUAAUAGCCUCUAAGAGCUUGCCAUUAUUUUAUACUUGAAUAAUAUUUUUUUACGAAUAACUUCUUUUAUACUCCAAAUCCAAUUAUACGAUAAACCUAUUUGUAGAUAAUAUGAAUUACAUAAAUAUGAUCGAAACGUAUUUCUUCAUAACCAGGAAGUAAAACAUGCAUACACGCUAUACAGAUAUGUAACUUGUACAUCAAACACUUAAAGCAUCUUAUAUAUUUCCGGUCAUACCGGACACCAAAUGAUCGUAUUAUGUCAAAUUAAAACAAUUUGAAAGAAUAUAAUGUAUGUAUUUUGACUGUGUACAACACAUAACCGGCCUAUUCCGUGUACGCAUAA